GUGAAGAAGGCGUACCGGCAGAAGGCCCUGAGCUGCCACCCGGACAAGCACCCGGACGACCCCCGAGCGGCGGAAGUCUUCCACCAGCUGUCCCAGGCCUUAGCUGUGCUGACAGAUGCAGCAGCGAGGGCAGCGUAUGACAGAGUGAGGAAGGCAAAGAAACAAGCUGCAGAAAGGACCCAGAAACUUGAUGAGAGGCGAAAGAAAGUAAAGCUUGAUCUUGAAGCCAGAGAGCGAGAAGCCCAGACCCAUGAGAGUGAAGAGGAGGAGAUCAGGACAACGAGAUCAUUAGAACAAGAAAUAAUCCGCCUGCGUGAGGAAGGCUCCCGCCAGCUGGAGGAGCAGCAGAGGCUCAUCCGGGAGCACAUCCGGCUGGAGAGAGAGCAGCCCGGGCGAG